AUGACCUCGGAUUCGACCGUACAUCGCCCGACCGAGUCUCUCAUUCUCCCCACUAAACGACGAUUCUUCCCUUUCCGCAUUCCUAACUUCCACACGCAACUACGCCACUACAUCAGCACCGCCGAUCCAGAUCGCAUCUAUGUCGUAGUCGAAAGAGUCGUCUAUGCGAUCCAUAUCGCUGCACACAAGAGGGAGAGCAUAGCUGUCAUUCCCUUCGAGCCACGAUGCUUGGCGGCUGGAUAUGGGUGGAUCGCUGUGGGGGGCCCCGAGAAUGGUGAAUGCGCCUUUAUCAGAACCGAUGAGAGAGGGCUACAAUUGCACGGCGAGCCGUCCUCCCACCAUCCAUCAGACGUGGACAGUGCGCUUCCACUCGACCUGGAGCCACCGUCGGGACUGCUGUCUCCAGACACUACGACCGGGGGGACGGCAUCAUCGCGCCGUUCACCUCGGCGGAUGAUGCCGGAGUUUGAGCUGCACAAAUUCGGAGGCAGUAUUGUCAACUCGGUGACGAUUCAUCAUUUCCCGGGAGAUCGUGAGGGUAUCUCAGAUGAAGAUGUCAUGGUCCUCAGCAACAACGAUCGAACCGUCACCGUCUACUCGUUGACCCGUGCAAAGGUAUUGAAGGUCCUCCAUCAUCCGACUUGCAUGAACUAUGCCAUCAUUUCGCCCGACCAUACAAUCCUCGCUGCUGUCGGCGACGAGAACCGUGCUUAUUUCUACGAUGUAACUCGUGACUGGGAAUCGGUGGUGACCGUCGAAUCAGGUGGAAAGGUUGGGGGUUGGGAGUGGGAGCUGUUGCGCUGCAUUGAAAUGGAUAUCGGAUCGCGGUCGGACGAUGCCUGCUGCUUUACCAUUGCGUUUUCUCCAUCCAGUCAUCUAUGUGCGAUCGGAUCUCAGUCUGGAAUCAUUACUGUACUAGACAUGGACUGCGUUCGUGAGCUGGACAACGAGGAACCUGUGAUCAGCCAAUUUACAGCUUCCAGAUCCUGUACCGAGGGUGGUGCAGUACGAUGCAUGACUUUCUCUCCCGAGCCCUGGGAUCUUUUGGUCUGGUUGGAAGGUCAUGGCAGAGCCGGAGUUGCAGAUGUUCGCCAGUCAUUCCUGCGGAGGCAAAUCCUGUACUUGAAUGCCGAUGACCCCCAGUUGCAAGAGGUUCGUACCGUGCCUCUGGCAACCAGCUUUGAUGAUGGCCUUUCAGAUGACGAGUUGGAGAUCACAUCGCGACUGGGAUUGGACGCCGAAGAUCUCGCAUAUAUUCGAGAAGGGGAAGGAAUAGGGCGUCUUCCGUCGCGCGAGAGCUUGCUUCAUGACCUGACAGCUCGCGAGCGAUUGAUCAUGCAAUUCCUCAACACUGCUCGCUGGAACGCAAGAGAGGAAAUGGGUCUGACCGAGCGGCCAGAACCGCCGGCAAGAGCAAGCCAUCCACACCAUGCAGCUCAUAGCCGCCAUCACAGUAACACGGAGGAGCUCGGUUAUGGAUACAGAUACAUGUCUCCAACAACCCUCUCCGAGUCCCCUGAGACCACCCUUGACAGUCAUACAGGCCGACCCAGUGCUACUCACCUUUCGCCCCGCAGUGGGCGCCGGAGUUCGGUGGUGCUGUCACAAAGUAGUCGGCCGCCUGAAUCGGAUUCUUCGAACCAUGACCGCCAGCCCAAUGCCACUUCCAGCUGGACAUCGAGCUCACGCUCGGAGCUUUCUUCAGAGUUGAUAAACCGGUUCAACACUGACCCCGAAUACAUUCUACAAGUGCAAGAAAUGGAAGCCCGUAUGGCUCCUCCGCAGCCCCCAGAGCCAAUCACUCCAGCCAGCCUUGAUCCCCGACGUUCGAGACCCGCACGCUCGAGCUCUAUUCCUCGACGUGUAGACCGACCGCAGUCCGGACAGCCCGGCUCAGAAAGAAGACACGACCCUUCGCGACUCUCCAACUAUGAGAUUAGAGCCAAUGUUGCGGCAGAGCGAUUGCGACGCCAACGUCAAAUUGCCAAUGAGGUGCACAAUCGCUCGAUUGCCGAACGAGGACACAGAGGGCAGCAAGAGCAGCGAGCUCGUCAGCAAAUGCUUGGCUUUGAACAGACCCAUUCCCCUCGAUGGAUUCGCAAUAUUAUCAAUGACCUUCCUGAUCGGAGCUUCAUUCAUGGCCCUGGAGCCGAAGAGCCAGACGCCACAGCUGGAGUCGGCUGGGGCGCCGAUGGAAGAACAUUAUACAUUGCAACCCUGGAAGGAAUCUUUGAGUUCCAACUAAACGUCCACGACCGCAAAACCUUCCCCAUCUUUUCAUACCGCUAA